GAGAAAGAGAGAAGAGAAAGAGAGAGAGAGAGAGAGAGAGAGAGAGAGAGAAAAGAAUCGACGACGUGUUUUUCCCGAUGCGGAAGCUCGUCCGAGCAUACGCGAUAGAGGGUGCUUUCGCGCGUGCUUAAAAAACCACUCUCUCCUUUCUUAUCGCGUUAUAACGAUGAACAACUUCAACUUCAGUGAAUUGUGUUGCCUGUUUUGCUGUCCGCCCUGCCCAUCGAGAAUCGCCGCGAAGCUAGCGUUCCUACCGCCAGAACCAACGUACACGUUUAUCGAGGACGAAGGCUCCUCGAAGUUUACGAUCUCUCUGUCGGAACGCGCUGAGUGGCAGUACAACGAGAGAGAACUGGAAUCGGUCGAAGGUUUUUACGCGAGGACGUCUAGGGGCAACCGUAUAGCAUGCGUUUUCGUACGUUGUUCGGCAACGGCACGUUUCACCUUACUAUUCUCUCACGGGAACGCCGUCGAUCUUGGCCAGAUGUCUAGCGUCUAUCUCGGACUUGGCUCCAGGAUAAAUUGUAAUAUAUUCAGUUACGAUUAUUCGGGAUACGGAUUGUCGAAUGGCAAGCCUUCCGAGAAGAACCUCUACGCCGACAUAGACGCUGCGUGGCACGCUCUAAGGACGCGAUACGGUAUCAGCCCGGAAAAUAUAAUCCUCUAUGGUCAAAGUAUCGGAACCGUGCCCACCGUCGAUCUUGCAACAAGAUACGAGGUUGGCGCGGUCGUUCUGCAUUCGCCGCUCAUGUCCGGCAUGCGUGUUGCAUUUCGAAGCACUAAGAGAACUUGGUUCUUCGACGCCUUUGCCAAUAUAGAUAAAGUACCCAAAGUAACAUCUCCUGUUUUGGUUAUUCAUGGUACUUCGGACGACGUUAUAGAUUUCAGUCAUGGACAGGCUAUUUACGAAAGGUGUCCGAGAGCAGUGGAACCGUUAUGGAUCGAUGGGGCUGGUCACAAUGACGUAGAACUGUACAAUCAAUAUUACGAACGGCUGAAGCAAUUUGUAAGCAUAGAAUUGGUAAACUGACGGCGACUCAGCCUCUCCCAGAGUCAGGGGGGGCCGGGAGGUGGAGAUACGCAAG